AUGUCUGUCGCUCCCGGUGAUUACGACGGUAUCCGCAAGCAGAUCAAGGCGAUCCUCAAGCAGCCUGGCUACGACGACGGCUCUGCUGGCCCCAUCUUCGUCCGUCUCGCAUGGCACGCAUCGGGCACCUACUCUGUCAACCCCGGUAACGGCGGUUCCAACGGUGCCGGUAUGCGUUUCGCACCCGAGUCUUCCGACGGCGCCAACGACGGCCUCGAGCACGCCCGCGCCUUCCUCGAACCCAUCAAGGCCGCCAACCCAUGGAUCUCUUACGCCGACCUGUGGACUCUCGCUGGCGUCACGUCGGUCGAGGCACUCGGAGGACCAAAGGUCCCCUGGACGCCGGGGCGUACCGACUUCCCAACUAAGGUUGAGGCCAACACUCGCGGCGACAUUGAGAACCGCCUCCCCGACGCCUCACAGGGCGCCCAGCACCUCCGCGACGUCUUCUACCGCAUGGGCUUCAACGACCAGGAGAUUGUCGCCCUCAGCGGCGCUCACAACCUCGGCCGCUGCCACUCGGACCGUUCAGGCUUCGACGGCCAGUGGGUCGUCAACCCAACCCGCUUCUCCAACCAGUUCUUCAAGCUCCUCCUGACCCGCAAGUGGGUGCCUAAGAAGUGGGACGGCCCAUUCCAGUAUGAGACCAUUGUUGCCGGCACGCCUGUCAUGGCCCUGCCGACGGACAUGGUGCUCGUCGAGGACCCCGCGUUCCGCGUCUGGGCUGAGAAGUACGCCAAGGACCAGAAGCUCUUCUUUGAGCACUUUGCCGCUGCGUUCGGCAAGCUCAUUGAGCUCGGCGUUUCCCGGGACGGCAAGGGCGUCGCUCUUGUUGCGGGCGCAACGGGGGGUUGCCCCUUCGCCCACCUCGCGCGCGACCGGGCUCGCCUCUAA